UCUGUCGUUUGUUGUGUGGUUUCAGAAAAACAAAAACAAAAAAGUCUUUAUCAAAAAUCCUUCUAAGCUCGUGCUCUUUCUUUAAUUAUCUGAAUUUGAUUGAUCGGAGUCAUCGAUCCAAUUGAAGCAUGGACAGAAUCGUCGGUGGUAAAUUCAAGCUCGGCCGUAAGAUCGGUAGUGGAUCCUUCGGUGAAAUUUAUCUCGCUACAAAUAUCGAUACGUUUGAGAUCGUCGCUAUUAAGAUCGAGAACGGUAGAACAAAGCAUCCGCAGCUGCUUUAUGAAGCCAAAUUGUACAAUAUUCUACAAGGAGGAAGUGGAAUUCCAAGCAUAAAAUGGUCAGGUGUUGAUGGGGAAGAAAAUGUACUUGUUCUCGAUUUGCUGGGACCGAGUCUGGAAGAUCUUUUUGUGUACUGUGGCAGGAAGUUUUCGCUGAAAACUGUCUUAAUGUUGGCUGAACAAAUGAUUACAAGAAUUGAGUAUGUUCACUCGAAGGGAUUUCUUCACAGAGAUAUAAAGCCCGAUAACUUCCUCAUGGGGCUCGGUCGCAAAGCAAAUCUGGUUUAUAUAAUUGAUUUUGGGCUUGCGAAGAGAUACCGAGACUCCGUAACUAAUCGCCACAUUCCCUACAGAGAAAACAAGAAUUUAACUGGAACUGCUCGUUAUGCAAGUUGCAACACACAUCUUGGAAUAGAGCAAAGCCGGCGGGAUGAUUUGGAGUCACUUGGCUACGUGCUUGUAUAUUUUCUUAGAGGAAGCCUUCCAUGGCAAGGUUUGAAAGCAGCCACAAAGAAGCAGAAAUAUGAUAAAAUAAGUGAGAAGAAGGUGUCCACUCCUAUUGAGGUUCUAUGUAAGUCUCAUCCUGUGGAGUUUGCCUCAUACUUCCAUUAUUGCCAUUCCUUGACAUUUGAUCAACGACCUGAUUAUGGAUUCUUGAAGCGUCUGUUCCGUGAUUUAUUUGCUCGUGAAGAAGGUUAUGAGUUUGACUACAGAUUUGACUGGACAAUCAUCAAGUACCAGCAGGCCCAGAAAAGUAGAUCUCGGCCUCAAUUGUCACCAACUCCUGGAGGUAGCAGUAGUCGGCCAUUACCAGCUGGUGUGGACAAUCAUCAAGGAGGCUUCAAUGCUACUUAUUCAACUGACAUCAAUAGAUCAAGCAAUGUUUCGGGUCAUGGUGUUCGCAUGCAAUUUAAACCAGCAACAGGAAAGAACUUGAUUUCUGAUACUACUCUUGAUAAAAAUAUUUUUGACUCUCAUACACCCUCGUCUUCAUUUGCACCUGCUGACACCUCAAAAAGAAAUGGUCAUAAAUCAACAUUGCCCCAUGAAGCUGCUAAUUCCGGCCGUGGACACGGAAACAAAAUCGGACCUUCAAGUAGUUUGAUUUCAUCAUUGCAGCGCAUUUCUUCUGCCAAAUAAUGAAAAUGUGCUGUUGUAAGGGAAGAUUAGGGAAAUCACAAUUAAGGGGGUGCAUUUGAAGACCUUAAGACAAAUAUUUAUCUACAUGUUAACCGUGGCAGAUCUAGUAAAAGCUUCUAAAUACUGACAGGUGAACACUGAAGACGCUCGCAAUGGUAAUAUCUUGCCCUAAGUCUGCAAUUCUGCUACUAUCUACAGUUGAGUUGUACCAUCUGUUUCAGCUUGAUUUUGUGGAAUUGGUCGGUCUAGUUUGAGAGCAGUUCGCCUAGACUGUAAUGUUGACGCGGCAGUAUGCCAACAAUAUGUAACUACCAAGCUUGUCAUAUUAUGUAAAUCCCAAUAGAAGCUGUUCAGGGGUAGUCAAUGGCGAUAGAAAGUAAAACUACAAUUUGCUUUUUCUGUGGUCACUCGGAUUCCAGAGAUCCGAGGAGCUCUAUGUGGCUAAGAUUGGACUUUGUGAGCAAUUUCAUGUGGUGUUUGACGUUUUGAACCAGGUGGAGGAUUAAACAUUUCCCAUUCACCAAUUGUCGAAUUUAAGAUUUCUUUUUCGGUUAAUUGACA